AAUCGAUCCCGGAGUAGGAGAAAUCCCGAAAAGUCUCCAAGACACAUACACACACACCUAUCUACCUUAGGUUGUGUGUGAUCUCGACUCCGGAAUAAAAUACGCACGCAUUGAAGCUCCGAGCGCAGUUUGAAAGAGAACUCCCAAAUACAAAUAGUAUCUUCAUCUUCGAUUAAAAACUUGUGCGUUGAAUCUACUCCCUGUUCAUCCUUUUCUCCCUCUGCGGCGGCUGUUGACAGUUCUUAACGAAAACAAUCUCGGACAGGCAGUUUUCGUCUACUCUUUCAUUUAUUUCCUGUUUUUCAUAACAAGUCAGCCAUGAUAAUACUUGGUAUACCGGCGAACACCUAAUGAAGAUGGUCCUGAAGGGCUCUCCAAACCAAGCUGACAACUUACCUGAAUACGAAAUGCUGGCAAACGGCAAUGCAGGCAAGAAGGAAGACUCUAAAAAAACCAUGGUUAGAAUUCAGGAGAACCCUUUGGCAGAGGUGACAGUUGAAAAAUCCCCACUUCCACAGACCGAAAUGGUGCAGCUGAAAAUAGAAAAGGGAAGAACACGAUGUGUGUCUCGUUCUAGGCACAGAUUCAGGACAACUUUUGAACUAGUUCUGAGUUUGACCACACUUCUUUUAGGUUUAUUGUGUUGUAUACUCUUCUACAUGAUCUUCCUACAGGCUGAGCAACCUAGUUUAAAUAUUUGCCUAACAGAAGAGUGUGUAAAAACAGCGGCGUCUCUUCUGAAUGCCAUGGAUCAAAGUUCCGAUCCGUGUGAAGAUUUCUUCCAAUAUGCUUGUGGAACGUGGAAUAAAUUACAUAUGAUUCCCCAAGACAGAAGUAGUAUUAGCACUUUUGAAGUCAUGGCAGAUGAUCUUCAAGUUAUUUUAAAAGGUCUAUUAGAAGAACCUGCCAAUAAUUAUGAUAAUAGUGCCACAAUCAAGGCGAAAACAUUUUACAAGUCCUGCAUAUCUCAAGUCCAGAUCGAUGCCAUAGGUGAUAAACCUCUCAGGGACGUGGUUAAAGAACUGGGAGGUUGGCCAGUCAGUGAAAGGGACUGGGUGGAGCCAGAGUGGCCCCUCGAGCAUUUAUUGGGUCAGCUAAGAGGUGAUUACAAUCAAGGAAUCAUCAUAGAACAAUGGGUAGGACCAGAUGAUAAGAAUUCCUCGGUUAACGUCAUUCAGCUCGAUCAGAUGUCAUUUGGUCUUCCGAGUAGGGAAUAUUUCCUUAAAGACAGCAGUGAAAAGGAACGAAAAGCUUAUUUAAAACUCAUGGUGGAGGUAGCCAUUUUGUUCGGUGCGGAUAGAGAAAUAGCUGAAAUGGACAUGACUGACGUUCUAGAUUUGGAGAUUCGGUUUGCUAAUUCUUCUACUCCUGAAGCCGAUAGACAUGACACUGGAGCAAUAUACAACAAAAUGUCAUUACAAGAGCUAUCUGAAAUCGUGCCUGAAUUUGAUUGGGUUUACUACUUGAAUACAUUCUUACCUACUAAAGUUGAUGAUCAAGAGCCUGUUGUGGUAUACGCAUUACCUUAUCUACAAGAGAUGGGACAAAUUAUCUCACAAGUGAACAGAAGUAGGACCGUCCACAACUAUGCCAUCUGGAGGAUGAUCAAACACAUGCUGCCUUUUCUGGACGGUGAAUAUAGCCAAAAGAGGACAGAAUUCAAGAAAGUUCUUUUGGGAAUUUCAGCUGAAAGAGAAAGGUGGAACCAAUGCGUUGAUCUCGUCAACAAAAAGAUGGGGAUGGCGGUUGGAGCCCUAUUUAUUCGUGAUAACUUUGAUCCUAAAAGCAAAGAAACGGCUCAAGAAAUGAUUCUGAAUAUCAGGGAAGCUUUUAAUGAACUGCUAGAAGAAAAUGCUUGGAUGGACAAAGAUACUCGUGAAGUUGCUAGGGAAAAAGCAAAUGCCAUGAACGAAAGAAUAGGCUAUCCGGAUCUUCUCACAAAGCCAAUUGAACUGUCCAAAGAAUAUGAAGGGCUGACUAUUCAUGAUGAUUUAUUCCUUGUGAACAUCUUGAACGUAUUUGAGUUUGAGGCUAGUAAGAACCUGAAAAAACUUCGACAGCCUGUCAACAAGGACAGGUGGACAACGGAGCCUGCUGUGGUCAAUGCCUUCUACAAUCCAAACAAAAAUGACAUAGUCUUUCCUGCUGGAAUUCUUCAACCUCUAUUUUAUAGUCAUCAUUUUCCCAAAUCAUUAAACUAUGGUGGAAUCGGAGUGGUGAUUGGACAUGAAAUGACACAUGGUUUCGAUGAUAAAGGACGCCAGUUCGACAAAGAAGGUAACUUGAAACAGUGGUGGAAUGAAGCUACUGUUCGGCGAUUCCGAGAAAGAGCACAGUGUAUUAUCGACCAGUACUCCAGUUAUGUUUUAGAAGAUAUAGGACAUAACAUCAAUGGAAAAAUGACCCAAGGAGAAAAUAUUGCUGAUAAUGGGGGACUUAAACAAGCUUAUAGGGCUUAUAAAAAGUAUGUAUCACGACAUGGGGAAGAACCUCUACUUCCUGGGUUGAACCUAACGCACGACCAGCUGUUUUUUCUCAACUAUGCACAAAUUUGGUGUGGGUCUAUGAGACCCGAAGACGCCUUGAGUAAGGUUAGAUCUUCAGUUCAUAGUCCAGGCCCUAUUAGGGUUCUGGGCCCACUUUCAAACUCAUAUGAUUUUGCUAAGACUUACAGUUGCCCAAUGGGCAGUCGGAUGAAUCCAAAGAAGAAGUGCUCAGUUUGGUGAAUGAAAAAUGAAGCAAAUAAAUCAGAAAGCCAAAAGAGUUCAACCUUAAGGAGCGAACUUUGUUCAAAGCUACUGGUUCUGUUAAGGUCUACUUUUGAACUUUCUUGUAAAAUUACUCAUACCAAACAUCGUGGAACAUAUAUCUGAACUGAAUUCAAACUGGAAAGAAAAAAAAAAGAAAUGCUGUUAUAAAGCUGUAGCAUUCUAAUGGUCCUUAAUUGAAAAAUAAAAACAAAAA